AUGGUGAAGCCAAUUGCGAUUAUUGCCGGUGCGGGCCCUGGAACAGGGAGCGCCGUCGCCCGCCGGUUCGCUCGAGCAUACCCGGUCGUUUUGCUUGCCAGAUCGCAAUCCCUUGAUGCUUUGGUCCAAGACAUCACGCGAAGCGGUGGUUCUGCAAUUGGAAUACCCACCGAUGUCACCAGCUCCUCAAGCAUGAACUCAACCGUGGAGAAAAUCAAGGAGAAUUUUGGCUCCAAUGUUAGUGUCGCAGCGGCGAUCUAUAACGUUGCGAGCAAGUUCACUCGAAAACCAUUCCUGGAACAGACCUCGGAAGAUUUCCUAGGAAGUCUGGAGCCUUCGAUAAAGGGGGCUUUCAAUUUCGCCCAGGCCACGCUACCUUUGAUGGUGGGGGCAGAAAAUGCACAAUAUCACCCUACCCUUAUUUUCACCGGCGCGACAGCUGCACUCAAGGGUGGCUCGGGGCUUUCUGGUUUCGCUAUGAGCAAGUUUGGAAUCAGGGCGUUAUCACAGUCCCUCGCGCGCGAAUUCGGCCCCAGGGGUGUUCAUGUCUCUCACGCCAUCAUCGACGGCAUCAUUGAUACCGAAAAGACCAAGGAAUAUAGCCGGGAGAUCCCAGAUUCCAAAAUCGAUCCCCAAUGGAUCGCCGAAUCAUACUGGUUCCUGCACACCCAGCCCAGAACAUCGUUCACGCACGAACUGGACCUUAGGCCAUACUCGGAAACAUGGUAA